AUGCGUGGCUUAGCUCUCUUCGCAUCGCUCGCCGUUGGACUCGCCUUGGGGCAUGAGCUCCCUCGUUUCUCUUCCGCCACUCAGCUGACGGAAGCUGAGCCGGAUGUGCCCAGCGACAGCGAUUGGGCCGAGAGAGCAGAGAAGGAGGGGCGGAGCCUCUGCAUUCUCAAGCCGGACGCAGACGGCGGAGACGACGCGCCGGCACUUCUGGAAGCGCUAAACGACAAGUGCCGGAGCAAGAGCAUCAUCGUUCUUCCCGGACCGAUCUACCACAUCAACUCGCCGAUGGUCACGGAGAACCUCGAAGAUGUCGUGAUUGACCAGCGAGGAAGAUUGCUCUGGAGUAAUGACACGACCUACUGGCUCUCGGUGUCGAUGCCCGUGGACUUCCAGAACCAGAGCACGGUCUGGCACUUUGGCGGGGACCGCGUGGUCUGGGAAGGCCACGGCGUUGGCACCUUUGACGGCAACGGCCAGGUCUGGUACGACCUCAACAAAGGCGGUUCCAACAUGCCCCAUCGUCCGAUGAAUAUCAACUUCCGCGGGUUCUCGAACUCGGUCGUCAAGGGCCUGCGCUUCGUCCAGAGUCAGAUGUGGACGAUGAACAUCAUGUACUCGCAGAACCUCGUGUUCGAAGACAUCUACGUCAACAGCACCUCUUCAACGGAAAACAACUCACUAAACACCGAUGGCGCUGAUACCAUGUACUCGGACAACAUCGUUUUCCGGCGUUGGGUCGUCGUGAACGGUGACGAUGCUAUCGCUCUGAAGGCCAACUCGAGCAACAUCUUCAUCUACGACAGUGAGUUCUUUGGGAGCACCGGAAUCGCGAUGGGCUCUAUCGGCCAGUUCAUCGGGAAGUUCGAGUACAUCGAGAACUUCCUCGCCAGGAACGUGACUUUGCACGAUACCCUCCGGGGUUGCUACUUCAAGACCUGGACCGGCAUUCAGAUCGGCUACCCGCCAAAUGGAGGCGGAGGCGGAACGGGCUAUGCUCGCAAUAUCGUCCUCGAAGAUAUCAAACUCGAUCGUGUCCGCGGAGAGCCGUUGUUCAUCACGCAAUGCGAGUCUUUCUCGGGCCACGCAGGCGAGUCGUGCGAUUCAUCGACUUUCAGCAUCUCGGACGUCGUCUGGAAAGACUUCAGCGGAACGAUCAACGACGACGUACCCAGCUCGGGCUUUUUCCGAUGUAGCGCUGCGGCUGGAGGAUGCAAGAACCUGACUGUCGAGAACUUCAGCGUCACGCCCGUCUCGCAGGACGCUGUCUUGGACAAGUGGCUGUGCAAGAAUGUUGAUGGCGAUGAGGGUUUCGAUUGCACAGAGAUCGAGGGGAAUCCCGAUGAGCUUUGA